AUGGCUUCGACCAGUGAACAAAAUCCCUCGCUCGCAAGGAGCAGAUCGCGGUAUCGUCGCAAUCGCCCGACAGAUGCGAUCCCUCCUCCCGCAAUUCCCACCCAGCAGACCAAGGGCAAUGCGCAGACCAAACCCACGCGUAACGUCACCCAACCCAAUGAUGAGGAAGAUGCGCGCGAAGCGCACCGGCAGAAUACAAUGGAUCAAUUGACCGGAGGAGGCAACGCGACAACUCACCCUCGGCGGAAAGAGACGAGUCGCGCCGAACGCUCGCGCGCACGCGACACUGCGCCGGACACGAAUCGCAAGUCUUUCUUUGACAGGGUCAAGCUGUCCAAGGUCAAGGCUGCAGUGACAAAAUCCGAGCCGGUGCCGAAGUAUAUUGGUGUUGGGGGAACGGGUGUGGUUCCUGGGGUUGAUGCGCCGAAGAGCGCUGUCAAUGCCGGAGAGCGUCGCGUUAUGGUGGAGUACGGGGAUGCUUCUGCCAGCCUGACUAUCACACCGUCGACCUCUGUUCAAGAUCUAUUGUUGGACGCGAAAAAGCGUCUGUCCAAGAAUAUCAACCAUGAGAAGUUCAUUGUCAUGGAGUCAUUUUGUCAACUGGGUUUGGAGCGUCCCCUUCGUCGCUUCGAGCGUAUCCGCGAUGUCAUGAAUUCGUGGGCCACAGAUGCUGAAAAUCGUUUCAUCGUCAUUCCUCCCUCCAGUGUUGACGCAUUGGCCCAGUUGGAUGCAGCACAUGUACCCAGCGAGCAUCCGCCCCAGGAGACUGUCUAUCUGUACCAUUCCCAGCGUCGCCGCAGAUGGGACAAGCGAUAUGUGACUAUGCGUUCCGACGGACAGGUCACUAUUGCGAAGAAGGAGAAUUCCAAGGACCAUACAAAUAUCUGUCAUUUGUCCGACUUUGAUAUCUACUUUCCCAGUGCUCGAGCCUUGAGCAAAGAUAUCAAACCACCCAAGAAGAUCUGUUUUGCUAUCAAAAGUCAACAGAAAUCUUCCAUGUUCCUCUCUACAGAGAACUUUGUGCACUUCUUCUCAACCAGUGACAAGGCCAUUGCAGACAAGUGGUAUCGUGUUACUCAGCAAUGGAGAAGUUGGUAUCUGCUCAACAUGGUGGGUGUAGCAGAGAAAUCCGAGGUUGAUGCACCCAAGCGCUCUGGGACGAAGAAGUCAACUCGCCAGCACAAACAGGUGCCGGUCGAUAUUCCACUUCUACAACGGGAUGCAAGACCUGACUCUUCCAGAGAGGGCAGCUUGUCUUCCCGCAAGAAGACUGCCCGUGGACAUGGACCUCUACCACCUUCAUAUCCUCAGGAUUCACCACUUGAUCACGAGGUAGAAAAUGAGCCAUUAGUGCAGGGCGUCAUGCCUGCUGAAGUUGAAGCGGCUACAUUCGCCCCUUCGGGACUCCUUGGCCGAACAUACACCCAACGCCAGAACGCCAUGCGUGAACGCGAAGAUCGCGAAAAGCGCUCCAUGCAAGAUCCAUUCACGGGAGCCGGUCUUAUAAGCACAGGAUCAGUUCACCACGACUCCAAUCCUAACAGCCGAACCAACACCAUGACUCGACCCCCAGACAUGACCCUUUUCAAUCGAUCCCAACCCCUCAGCCCAUCAAACUCGUUCGACCAGAAGAAUAAACCCCUCGUCGACCUGACCCCAGUCUUUGUUGAACCACCUCAACACAGCAAAAAGGGCAAAGGCCACGGCGUGAAAGUCGAACCAGGAAUGCAAUUAAUCGAAGGCGCCACAGGUCCAGACCUAGGACCAGGCUCAGUAGCAAUCCCAUCAGCAACCUCCUGGCGCCGUCCACCCGCCGACACUCCACCGCAACGAAGAAGCACCACUCGCAGCGUGCGACACCCGCCAAAACCAUAUGCUGGGUCGAAUUCCGCAGACACCAGUCCUGUCUCUACAAGCAAUCAAUUCACUCCAAACAGUCUCCUCGCCUGUACUUCUAACGCGCCAACUCCACCACAGCGAAAGGGACAUGGCGUCGCAACUGGCGAUCGUAACGCUACAAAGCCCUUACUCGACAUGUCACCCGAGAAUCCAUUUGCGGACGGAAGUCUCCUCCGACACCUGUGA